CCUCAGCCUCCCAAGUGGCUGGGACUACAGGUGCACACCACUGCCACUGUGCCUGGCUUUCUUCCUAACCUUUUAUCAUUAAUAGGAAUCAGAAAGAGACCUUCAUGUGUUCACUUGGAUACUUUGGUCAACAAUCAAGAAGAGAAAAGCUGACUUUUAAAAACAUAUAAUUUGUUCAAAUUUAUUGAGGUCUAAAUGUAUGUGAGCUACUUUCCACCCUCUGUUCCAGACACGCCCUGUGAUCUCCUCCAUAGAAUGGCGGCAACAUGUUCUUACAAGGUUGAAAGGAACAGGAAGGGAUGGAACCUCAGAGCCAGACAGCCCUUUGUGAGAAAAGGGGAGGCAAGCAGUCUGGAUUCUUGAAAGGAACACUGGGGAUGGUCCAAUCCAGGAGUAGCAGUUUCCAUUUCUGGCAUCAACUCCAACUGACUGAUUGGGAAGCAGUUUCUUGGGAUGCUUGUGCUCAGAGGAGCUCUGGGGCUGUUUCAGCACCCAGCUGGAAGGAGUGCUGCAUUGGAUUCCCAGGGUUGCUAUCACAAAUUACCAUAAAUGUGGCAGCUUAACAUGACAGAAAUUUAUUCUCUUACAGUUCUGGAGACCAGAAGCCUAAAAUCAAGGUUCUGGGAGAACCAUGCCCUCUCCAAAGGCUCUAGGGGAGAAUCUUCCCUUGCCUUCCCAGCUGCUGCUGGCUCCCAGUGUUCCUUGGCUGAUGGCAGCAUCCCUCCACUCUCUGCCUCUGUCUUCCCUUGGCUUCUUCCCUUUGUGCCUCUCUGUGUGUACAUCUCCCUCUCUGUUCUCUUACAAAGACAUUAGUCAUUGAAUUUAGGGCUCAUCCUUAAAUCCAGGAUGAGUUCAUCUUGAGAUCCUUAUCUAGUUACAUCUACAAAGGCUCUAUUUCUAAAUCAGGUCACAUUCUGAGGUUCUGGGUGGAUAUGCAUUUUUUUGUGGUGGGGGGUGGAAUUAUUCAACCCAGUGAGAGUGCCAUGAUGGUUUAGCAAGCUUGACAUGGGUUCAAGGCUGUGCAGGGAUAGGGCUCAUGUCUUCGGCCUUCUGAUCUGCCAUCCCGAUGUAGCUCAAGCCCACAGCUUUACAGAUGAUGGCGGAACUGAGGUUCAGACAAUACAAAUAAGAGGGUUUUGACCAGUAUCAUAUAACUAUGUAAUGCUAUAAGAGUCAAGAAUAGAGAAAAACGAAGAUAAAGAGGUGGGGUAGGCAGUUGGGAUGGGGAAGUGUAGGGGUGGGAGGGGAUGAAGAUGAAUAUUACUGUUUUGGUUGUGGAAUAACUGAGAAGAGCAUCCUUGCAUUUAAAACCAUUAGCCAAAGAGGAUCUAGAUGGGACGAGAAAAUAAUAACCAGCCAAUUGGGGAGAAAAUGUAGGAGUGUUAGAAGAAUUAGUACUGCACUGGGGAUCAGUUUGCAGGGGAUCAUCUGCCCUUUUUUAGCCAAAGGAAUGAGAGCUCCUCUCACUGGGCAAAAGCCUUUCCAGGCUGGUCCCUGAAAGCAUCGUGCGUACAGAUGCCUGCUGGUUGCCAUGGUGAAUGAUGCUGAUCUGAAGAAAUGAAUAACAUGAGCGUUAGGGGCAGCAGUGGGAUUACUCAGUGUUGAGAGAAACAACACGGAAAACCCAGAGUGGAGGAGGGAGAAGGCACCAUUCUCUCAGCUUUAAUCUACUCCACCUCGGAGGGCAGAGCUCUAACCAGACACGCUGCGAGCAUCAGAAUCGGGAUGAACAUCGAGGUGGGGAACAUUUCUUAUACAGGAGCCAUCAUCUCCUGGUCGUCCUCGGAGCCCUGCCUGGAGGACUAUUACCAUAUUAUGUAUAGGCCCAACUGGAACAGCAUCUUCUCUGGCUAUCUUCGCUACAGCUUCCACCACGAGGAGAAGGUGCCUCGAACGAUCAGCUCCGUGGUGCUGGAACAUCUCGCCCCUUCCACUCUCUACUUCCUGUGCAUCAGCUGUAAGAAGGCUGCCUUCCCUUACAGGCACUACUGCACCAUGUUCCACACCCUGGAUAAGACUCCGCUGGCUCCCGGAAGCUCCCUGGUAGACCCCCAAAUCUCCCUUUGGGUGCUGAUGGCUAUUCUGCUGGCCUGCUUCACAGCUGUCUUGGCCUUCAUCUGCCUCCAGUUCUGGUGUGUCCGUUGCCAUGAGCCGCGAUGGUCUUACAGGGCUGGCCACAUGGAGGAGGCCAAUGGGUUGGUGAGAUGGCCAGAGGAGGCCCCGGAUCUUGGUCAGAGGGAGGAAGACCUGCAGGGGCUCCCCCUGGUGGAAGUGCCACGCAAGAACUCCAGAGAUGAAGCUGAACUGAAUCCUGAAGCCAACCAGGAUGCCCCUGAUGCGGGUGCCUUACAGAGAGGGGGUGGUGACCAACCCGCCAUACUGCCUCAUUGUGGGGAAUGAGAGUGGGGAGGAGACAGCCCGCAUCAUGUAGCCUAAAGCUUUACACACAGUAGGUCUUUUGUACAAACAUGUCUAUAGGCUACCCAUUUCUCUCCCAUCAAAUGUCAUUGCUAUUGUGGGUCACCUGGGUUGGAUGAAUGCCCCAUGACAAAGCUUCUCAAGCUGGAAAAUGUAUCCCCCAGGGUAUGUCCCCCAGGGUAUGCCAAGGCACCAACAGGGCAUCUCUGCAGCAGCGUCCACUCGGAGGACACAGUUAAGAAUUGAAAUCUUUGUUUUAACAUUAAAACAAACAUGGAUAUGUUAUAAAGUAGAAAGCAAAAAUUUGCAUGACUUAAAUAAAACAGCACUUGAAGGAAAUGUUUGAGUUGCGAGUACGCUCUGGGAGGUACACUUUUGGGCAAAGGUGGAUGUCUAGUUUCCUCUGCCCUUGAGGGGAUUACUUGGAAAAGUGUGAGAACCCUUGCUCUGGAGUGUUUUCCAACUUUUAGGCAAUCACACACCACCUGUCUCUGUUUUUUUAAAAUCAUGGAUUAUCUUUACUAUUAUUAAUAAUACUUUUUCUCUCUUUAAAUUGACUCCGUUUUUAGGUGUAAACUUAUUUUCAAAGACAGCCUUAUUUUAGUCCAUAAGUGAAAAGCCAGCACCCUCCUGCUACAAACAGAAGGGAAGAGACGUAAGAAUAAACAUUAUGAAAACAAGAUAAUAUUAAAUCUGACUUAGCUUCUAUUGCCUGCCAGUGACUCUGAGCUUAAUACCCGCUUGCUUGUCUUUGAUAAAAAGGGAGAUCCGGUGUUGGAGAGGUAAUAAACACAUAUUAGCACCAAUAUUUGUCUUUCCCUUGAUAUAGCAUAAGGUUUGAAAGAGAAUAGAAAAGGGAAGUGCUGUUUUUACUUUAUGAGUCAGUGUUAGUUAAAUGCCAUGUCUGUGAACCACUUCAAAUGCUGUCAGUCAGCUUCCCUCAAUUUGAGAAAAUUGUCUUGACCAGACUAGGCGGGCUAUUCUGGAGAAGAUGCCUGCACUCUCCAAGCAUCAUCCUAAGACUUUCCCAGUGCCCUCUUGUAUCUAUAGAGCACAAAAUCCCAGAAUCACAGGACGACACUGCAGUGAAUCAACUGAGAAACAGCAGGAGCUGAGAAGCCAAGACGAGAAGCCCCACAUCCCUAUUCCCUUGCCUACCUCACGCAUUCCCUGCUCAGCACCCAGUCGUGGAGGUCUGCUUUUGCCCCCAUUCCUGCUACUUGUGAACAAAUAAAGAUUCAUAUACUCA